CCGGGGCCCUUUACAGUAGGAUCCCAAUAUGGCAGCGGCGGCGGGUGUAGGGGUUGUUGCGGUCGGGGCUGUCCGCACUUAGGGCUGCCGCCGCCGCCCGCUCCGGCUUCUCCCGCGACCUUCUCCGCCUCCCUUUCCGGGCGGGCGGAACUUUUAGGGUACCUCUGAGUCAGCUGUGCCCCGUCGCGUCCGACAUGAGGGAGAAGGGCCGCAGGAAGAAGGGCAGGACCUGGGCAGAGGCCGCCCGGACGGUCCUGGAGAAAUAUCCUAAUACACCGAUGAGCCACAAAGAAAUCCUUCAAGUCAUCCAAAAGGAAGGACUUAAAGAAAUCAGUGGGACUUCUCCUCUUGCAUGCCUGAAUGCUAUGUUACAUACAAACUCCCGAGGGGAAGAGGGCAUUUUCUAUAAGGUCCCGGGGCGCAUGGGAGUGUACACUCUGAAGAAGGAUGUUCCAGAUGGGCUGAAGGAGCUCUCUGAUGGUUCAGAGGAGAGCAGCGAUGCCCAGUCUGACUCUCAGAGCUCUGAAAACAGCAGCAGCAGCAGCGACGGGUGCAGCAACAAAGAUGGGAAGAAAAGCAGAUGGAAAAGGAAAGUGUCAUCUAGACUGUCACAGACAUCCUCUCCUCAGUCAGGCUGUCCAUCACCUUCCAUCCAGACAGGCAAAGUCAUCUCCUCAUCCCAGAAGCACAGCAAGAAGGCACUCAAACAGGCCUUGAAACAGCAGCAGCAAAAGCAGCAGCAGCAGCAAUGCAGAGCAGGCAUGCCCGUGUCGUCUAACCAGCACAUCCUGCUGAAGGCCGUCAAGGCAGCCGGCGAUUCCACACCUGCCAAAUCCGCUUGGGAAGGAAAGCAAUCAGAUGGACGGUCAAGCAGCCCUCAGAACUCCACCUCCAGUUCCUCUCCCUCUGUUAAGCUCGAUAACUCCUUGCCAGGCUUGGGGAAGAAACCAUUCCAGAGAUCUGACAGGCUACAUGCAAGGCAGCUGAAGAGAACCAAAUGUGCUGAGAUCGAUGUGGAAACUCCUGACUCCAUCCUGGUGAACACGAACCUGAGGGCACUGAUCAACAAGCACACGUUCUCCGUCCUGCCCGCUGAGUGCCAGCAGCGCCUGCUGCUGCUGCUGCCCGAAGUGGACAGGCAGGUCGGAGCAGAUGGUUUGAUGAAGCUGAGCGGAUCUGCACUCAACAACGAGUUCUUCGCUUCGGCUGCCCAAGGCUGGAAGGAGAGGUUGUCAGAAGGUGAGUUUACACCAGAGAUGCAGCUAAGGAUACGGCAAGAAACAGAAAAGGAAAAGAAGGUCGAGCUGUGGAAGGAGCAUUUUUUUGAGAGCUACUAUGGUCAGAGUUCUGGGCUGAGUCCUGAAGAGUCCAAGAGACUGACAGCAAACACCAGCCCUGCCGAGCCAGAGACUGAAAAUCCAGCAGCUGAGCUGACAAAAUGCACGCCAGUCCCUCUGGCACCACUCAAAGAGGAGAGUCCUUCUGCGUUCGAGUCGAAAACACCAGCAGUCCAGGAAGCCCCAGCAAUGAAAAGAGGAGAGGAGAGAAGGGAGGACGUGCAGCCAAAAGUAUCCAAAGCUGCAGAGGCCUCGGUGUCCCCAGGGGGAUGCACAGGGAGGGCUGGUGAGAGGCCUCCCCCUCUGAGAGAGAGACCCCCAGGGCAGCCCCUUCCUGAGGAGCCUCACGCUGCCCUGAGGCAGCAGCCUGAGGAGGAGAGGAGGCGCAAUGCCUCCAGGGCAGUGCUGGUGAAGGAGCCUGGCAGCACCCCGGCUUUGGCCCCCAGGAAACCAAAGAGCCCCGAGGCCAGUGAGGUGGUAACAACCCUGAAAAGUCCAGCCAGGACUCCAGAAACCCCAGAGAAGAGGCUCCCUGUGAGCGAGGAAAUGGAAGUCUCUGUUGAAGCCCCCAAGAGGAAGUCUGAGAGUUGUGAAGAAGCUCUGAGCACCCCUGAGAAAAAGCCCCGUGUGAUGGACAACUGUCAGCAGCACCCCCAGGCAUUUCAGGCCCAGGCACAGCCCUUUCCUGCCCCAGGGACGCCGGUGCCACGUGUGCCCCCGCUCAAGAUUCCUGUUUCCAGAAUCUCCCCGAUGCCAUUUCCCACGGGCCAGGUCUCUCCCAGGGUGCGUUUCCCCAUCUCACUCACCAGUCCGGGAAGAACAGGGGCCAGAACUCUGGCAGACAUCAAGGCAAAAGCGCAGCAGGCCAAGGCUCAGAGGGCAGCGGCCGCAGCCGCCGCCGCCGCUGCCGCUGCCGCCGCCUCGACAGGGGGGGCCGUGCCAGGGCCUGGCCCAGGCGGUGGCGGGGACCCUCCCGGCGGGGGCGGAGAGAAGAGUAACACCACAGCACACGGAGCCCAUCAAACUGGAACUGGAGGAAAUGCACUGGAACUGGCAGGAACUGGAAGCGGGGGAAGUUCGAGAAGGUUUCUUCCCCAUUGUCCAGGGACCCCUCCCCAAAUGGAGACAGCGGCUGCGGACCAGGCGCUGCCUCUCAAUCCUUCUAGAGCACAACUACAGCAAACCGCCCCACUGCAGCCCAGCACUGCAGGCAGUGGCACGGGUGCUGGCUCCUCCGCGGCGCUACCAGCGUUAGUCAACAGAACAAACCAGAGCUCCCCUGGGGUGGGGGGCAGUCGGGUUUCGGGCUCCCAGCACGCUGGUGGUGGUGACAGACAGGAGCAGGCACCUCUCACCCUGGCAGGUGGGAGCCGGGCCUGUGGGCCACCAGCCACCAGGGACGGGGCCACCGCAGAUCCCGGCACAGUGGCAGCAAAGGCAGCACUCGUGGCCUCAGCAGGACCCGGCUCAGGUGUCCCAGACAGCAAAUCCCCUUCCCCCGCGGUGUGUUCGCUGACAUCCUUGGGCUCAGCAGCCCAGGCUGGAGGCGCAGGCGCAUCAACAACGUCCAUCCCACGCUCCGGUGCUUCCUCGGGAGUGCCGAGCCUUAAAGCCAGCUCAGGCUCCAGUGGGGCCCUCCCGAAACCGAGCUCCAGUAUCCCUGCAAACAACCCUUUGGUCACCAAACUUCUUCAGGGCAAAAAUGUGCCCCUGGAGCAAAUCCUGCCGAAGCCUCUCACCAAAGCAGAGAUGAGAACUGUCCCGUUGGCUUCUCAUGAAGAAAAGGGGGCGGGGGGAGCGUCCGGCACUGGCAGUGUCGUGUGGAGCAGCACCGGGGCCGAGGGUGGAGACAGACCGUUGAGUUUCCCCACCCAGCAGCUGGGAAAGGGCUGUGGCCAGAACAAGCCUCUGCCUCACAUUCCAAGGACCUUCCCGCUCCCCUCGGGAAAGGACCCCGGUCUUGACCAGCACCAGUGCCACGAGGCGCUCAGCAAAACAACCCAAGAGCAGAUCCUUCAGACUCUCAUCAAGAGAGUCCAGAGGCAGAACUUGUUGCCAGUCCUUCAGCCUUCACAACUGAACCUCCCUCACUCAGGUUUCCAGGUAGAAAACAGCUCCCCCAGACAGAGGUUUAUGCUGGGCUUCCUGGGCCGGAGGACGUCCAAGCCGGCCAUGUCCGGUCAUUACCUGCUCAACAUUUCCACCUACGGCCGCGGCUCAGAGAGUCUGAGGAGAAGCUUCCUGAACCCUGACAACCGCCUGUGUCUGCACAGCCCUGCCGAUGCUCCAAAGGCAGAGUUUGGGGAGUGUGAGGAGGCAGCUGGCCACUGCAGCAGCAGUGAGGAAGGAGACGUAGACGAUGAGAGCACUGGCGACGAACACGACCGUGUCGGUGUCAAAGAGGAGCCCCCAGCCACCCAGGCUCCCGGUCAGGCUGAGAAGGAGACGUCGUCCCGCAGCACGAGUUCCCCAGAUUACAGCUCCCUCAGCAAAAAGGGCGCGAGGGCAGCGGCGGCGCCUCAGCACGCGGUGGCCAACAAGGAGAACAUGCAGGCGUUGGACGGAGCCGCGCUGGCGCGAGAUGUCCUUCAGGCCGCCCAGGAGCAGAUGGCCCAGGCCAUGAGGGGGAAGGUGCAUGGCACCCCGGAGCGAUUCAGCGCCCCCGCAGCGCCUUCGGGCCCAGCGCAGCCGCAGCCCCCGACGCCCUCUGCCACGCACCCGCCGAAGCACACAGGGAAGGCGGCGGCACAGCUCGUUGGGCCCAGUUACAGUGGCACGAUUAAUGUCUCCACCUCCCCAGAGGUGAGCCAGGGGUCUCUGAUGACGGGACUGUCGGAGUGCAACCAGAUGUCCAGCAGCAUGGGCAAUGUCAUGUCCUUCUCUGUGACUGUCACCACCAUUCCCACCAGCCCGGCCCUGAGCUCGGGCAGCCACGCUCAGCCCCUCCCCGUCCCGGCCUUCGCCGACGACAGCCCCAUGGAGGAUUCCCCUGCCAAGUGCUACUGCAGGUUGAAAGCCAUGAUCAUGUGCAAGGGCUGCGGUGCCUUCUGCCAUGACGACUGCAUCGGCCCUUCCAAGCUCUGCGUCUCCUGCCUGGUAGUGCGGUAACCGGGAAGGGAGGUGGGAAGAGGAGGGUUAGGGUUUGGGUUUGGGUUCGGAAGUACGUUUGGGAAGAAACAGGAAAUUUACUGCCUUGCACAAGAGACACGCUACCGAAUCAGGAAUACGGAGUAGAGUUCUUCUUUCAUUACAGAAAGAGCACCUUCUUGUACAGUGAGUCGAAACUGAGCUCAACUACGUGAAUUGUGACAAGAGUUUGCACUUAAGGAAUUAUGUAAAUAUGUCACAUUAUUUUGUUUAAAAAUAUUUUUUCAAUCUUUUAGGAGGUAAGUGUUUGAGUUGUACUGCAGCACCGCUCCCCGGCGCCUCGGUUCGCUCUGCUCUAGAUGGGGGAGGGCACCCGUGGCAAAGCCUUGGCCUCCCCUUGGUCUGCUCCGGGCCAAGAGAAGAACCCCGUUAGUCGCGAAACCAAACGUUUGUGCUGACUGGUGCCAGAGCACAAGCCCAGAAGGGUUGACUGUGUCUCAUGAAUAAAUGUUAGUUGAUGUUUUGCAGCCUCGGAAGGUGCCUUUCCCGGCCUGGAGCUGCCGGCUCUGAGUCGCACACUAGAGCUGGGGCAGUGACCUCGUUGUCAGGAGGGCAGCGUCUCGAUUAGCUACUGGUAAAUACUGCAAAAGGCAACUGCACUAAACCACAGGACUCCGCAAUUUAAAGCACUAAGACAGCUCAGUACCUGUGCUGGCUGGGAAUCCCAGGAGCCAUGGAAAGCAGAGAUCACAAAGAGAGGCUGAGCAGAGAAGUCCCUUCUCUGAGGUGUUAUUUUUUUGGGAGGGUAAGGGGGAGGGAAGUGCCACCCCCAUGCUGAGCCCCUGGCUGUGGGGCGGGCAACGCCAGGGCAGCUAAAGGAACUACCUGCGCCCUCCUGGUCCAUAGAGGAGUUUCUGUUGAGCUGAGGGUAGGAUGAGGAAAAUGUGUCUGGCCAGGGCUCAGCAUGGGCAUCUCUUUGUGUUUUCAAAUACCAAACGGGGUCUGACCCAGCCCGGGCUGGGGCCUGGGGGUGCAGAGGGGAAGGGGCUGCAAUGGCAAUGUGCCGCCUCGCUGAGGGCUUCACAGUCAUUCACCUGGGUGGAGGGCAAGGAAAUCCGGUGCUGUUGAUGUUCGGCUGUCAGAGGAACUGGUGACAGACGGGCUCAGAGAGCACAGACCCAUCUGUGGUUCAAUGCAUCGCCACAUCUUCACAUCCCACCCAUGCUACACAGUAUUUCUCCCCGAAACAAAGACGUCGGGAUCACCCAUCGUGUCCAGGCCCGUGCUGUCGGUGUCGGGGCAGGUGGGAGGGGGCAUCUGCGUCUCGGUCAGGUAACGGAUCUAUGUUUCUUUUUGAUGGAAAAGCACUGAAUUCACUUUUAAUCCAAAGGCCUUUUUAAGAUGAAGCAAUAUUAACAAAACAGGUGGGAGAGCAGGUUUGUGAUCUGGGUCCUCGGCCUUUCUUUCCUUCUUCUCUCCUACUGCUGUCUUCUUUCCCCUCACCCAGAAACCUGGUGUGCUCUUGGGAAAGAGGAGAAGGAAUUCUGUGUGGGGCAGGGCCUUUUCCCAAAGAGCGGGUGGUGAUUUGUUUGGUAACGAUCAAGAGAAGAGAGUUCCAGCCUUGAUCACACCGUAGCAGAACCAUUUCCGUCUCCGUGCAGCAGAGCACAGUGUCCUGCAGGCAGCGGCCGCAGCUUCAUCUGCGUUCUGCUCACCUCAAACCCAGCGGAGAGCAGCGGCCUCUGCUUCACUGCUGAGGCAGCCGGUGCCAAAGAGGACUGCAGCAGUAGAAAUAAAGUCCAUUUUUUUAAUGUAAAACUGAAAUCUGAAAAAAAAAACAAGCCCCCCAAGGACUCCCGUGCACACUGCUCACCCCUUGGCAGCGCCUGUAGCCCAGAGACAACCCCGCUGCGGGCAGGGUCCCACCAGCACUGGCCCCUGCCUGCGCUGAGGGGCAGAUGGGCCGGCGAGGGGAAGCCCUGAGGCUGUAACAGGCCCGUCUCCUUCCCUGCGCUGAGCCUCUGCUGUCGGGGAGUCUCAGGGCAGCGUGAGGUGGCUCGAGGCCGCUGCAAAAGGGUCUGUCCAUCCCUCACCAACUCAAGCCCUGGCAAGACGUGGGAGUCGCAGCCAUGUAAUCCUCAGUCAGGCCCGCUCAGUCCCGCCUGAAGCACGUCCUCUGCUAGAAUCCAAUUCCAAGUUCAUUGCUUGUUACAAACUAAACUGAAAAAGUCAUUGUGGCCUCAAAGAAGAGCAGAGAGGCUUCGCUGGCACGGUGGGGUCUGCCCCGUCAGCCCUGGCCCUCGGUCGGUGUGACAUUCAGGGAAGGGGGUGCUGAGGGCGCGCACUCGCCCGCUGCAGGGGGACGGGCCCUCUCGGGCGGCUGCCAGUGCAUCAGCACCCGUGGCUGCGGCUCCGUGUGUUCCCACCUUUGGGCCUGAGGGGCGGCCCUGUGAGGCCACACGGUGCCCACAGAGGUUCCGGCCAUGCCUGGGGCAGCUCCCAAUGAUGGCUUGGAAGUUUACAGCUCUCUUCAGUGCCUUAGUUCUAUUUUAACAGAUCAGCACUUUUCUUGGGCCGCUUUUAUUCUAUUUCCUUUUUCAGAAAAUAAAUUCUUUUAACUGCAUGUCUUUGGUUUUAACGGCCGCUGCGAGCUCCUUGGGGCUGCUUGGAGGAGGAAUCCCCGCUGGUCUGCAAGAGGGCAUUAACUCGUUUAGGAAGCCAUUGGAAAUGAUGGGGCUCAGGUCGGCAUAAACCCUGAGGGCUCUGUGUGGUUUAGGUGCUGGUUGCUGACUGAUGGUGUGUUUUAGGAAGGGUCAGUCUUGCAGCCUCUGUUGGUGCAUUUUCCCCGUGGGACCCUUCUGUCCCUUGGGCAAACCUCCUCCCACCGCCCAACUCCCCAGCACUCCUCCCAGCAGGACACCGGUGCUGUGUGCGCACGGGGAUGUUGCGCAUGGCUUAAGGCGUCGGACUGUGCUUCCCCAGGUAUUUGUUGAAUAGCACUAUAGUGGCUACUGUCAUACAAAAGGCCUGAGAUCAGAUGUUGUCGGAGCCGAAUGUCAAACUGUGUUGGUGACAGUAAAAGCAACCUGAGAAAGAAAAGCUGCUCAGAUCCCCGUGUCCCUGUCGGGCCCCAUCUGAGCCACACAGAUCAGGGCGUUCCGCUUCCCAGCGCAAACCCCCAUGGCCGGGUUGUGGCAGGAGGGCAAAUGCAACUGCUGGUUCAGGUUUUGUGACACGUCGGUAGUCCAGGAAAGGAAGUUUGUGUGAGAUUUUCGUGUCCCUUCUUAAACUGAAAGGAAAGACCAAGAUGUUGAGCAGUCAGGCUGGUCAGCAGAGUUGUAUCUUUAUUUUUUAAUGGUAGUAAGAAGCAGCUGCUGGGGCAGUUCCCGGGGCAGGCGCUGGAGCCAGGAGGAAUCCUCGGGUCUGUCCUUCUGAUGGGUGCCGUUCACGCUGCUGUGGAGGCAGGGAGGUGUGGGACUGCUAAAAGGAUGAGGGGCACCAGCAAUGGUCAGUCCUGCAGUGCUGUGGGAGGUGGGAGAAGCACUGGGGCCAUGGUAGGGCUGUGGCUGCUCCAGGGGCUGUGACAGCUCUGGUGUCACUGGGCCUGGGGGAAGAGAGCAGGAUGGUGUCCUCUCCACUGAAAGGUGGCAAUUCCUUCACCGGGCCGGUCUCGCCAGGAUGUGUGGAGCUCUGGGGACACAGUUUUGUGUCGUUGGGAGUUUUGCCUGGGCCCAGCUGUUGGAAACCACCACUGCCCAUCUGCACCCGCCCCUGUGCCCAGUCGCAUGGCGGCUCCCGGGGUUCAGCGGACAGGGGUGCUCUCCGGGCUGGCGCCGGCUUCGACUUUCAGACUCCCUCACCUGAACCGCGGGGGCUGAGGGCAGCCCGGGCGGCCUCAGCGCUGGGCACUGGCAGCUGCUGCUGCGUGGGCAGGCCAAAGCGCUUCCCGGGAGCUGCCGCAGCCCUGUGCAGGCACCGCGUCCGUCUCCACUGGUGCCUCCCGGGGGGACCCGCGCGGGCCUUGGCCGGGACGGUGAUAAGCCAGAAGGGUCUUUGUUACUUGGGUUGUGGUUUUUUUUAUGCUAUACAUUUGAUAUAACUGAAGAUCAAUUUUAAGAGCUUACAGUAAUAUAUUUUAAGUAAUAUAUAUUUUAGUAUCUGUAAAAAGAAACGUGGACAAAGGAUGAUUUAUGAAGUAGAUGAACAGGGUAUCGGGAGCCUGCAGUUUCUCGGGAAGGCCACGAAUAGUUUUCUGAGGAGGAGAACUGAAAGCAAUUCAAUUUUUUUUCCAUUCAUGCAAUAAAAAUGGGAACGCUCAUAAAGAAGAAACCCGACGCCUUUUGCCACGUGCUUCUGUCGUGGUGACACCAGGGCCUGGAAACAGAGUUUCGAAGAUGCUCAACUUUUGUCUGUCUUUUGCCUUUAUAAAAGGGACUGGAAUUGGAAUAGAGGGUAUGUACAGAGAAAUCGAGUUGACGCCAUUUUAAAAUGUAUUUUUACACAAAUAAUAUAGAAAAAAAAUCAUAUUUUACAUAAGAAUUUUAAGUAUUUGAAAUAUGUGUGUAUAUAUCCUGUAUGUACUUCAUAUAUUCUUUAUUUUACAUUUUCAAUGUAUUAAAAAAAGUCUUUGAGCUGGCUGGAUUGGAGCCUGGAAUAAUGUUUUAAAAACAAAGGGCAAGAAGAAGCAAAGAGGGAGGGAGGAGGCGAGUGCCGCCGCAGUGGGAGCUGCUGCGACAACCACGGGGCAGCCGAGGAGCCACAAGCCCAGUGGCAAGUGAGUUUGGGGAGGGUUGAGCUGGUUUAGGCAGAGCACACAGACCGUUUGUCAGUCCUGCGUCCCGUUUCUGUUAAUACCCGUUCCUUUUGCCUCAUAAGCAUCCAGAGGAAGUGCCAGGGGGAUGACGAGGUGGAGGUUUAUAGGGGCAGUGCUGCCCUGAGAGCCAAAGAGCCGUUCUGGGCCAGGAGCUGCUCAACCAAACCCAAACGGGAAGCUGCUCAGUUUUGCUGUGCCGCUGAAAUCUGAAUAAAUAGCUGGAUUUCUUGUGUGAGCAUCUUAGGGGGGACUCAAACCAGACACCAGAAGUCCAAUGAUUUCAAGGAAACACUAUCAAAGCAGAUUUUUUUUUUUACUUUGUAGGAGUUUGGGUGAAAUUCUCCCUGUACAGGAUGAGAGAUCUUGGCUGUUAGAGCAGAUUCUCAUCAGGGGCUGGAUCCUGGAGGUGCUCCUAAGCAGCAAUAACCCGAUCUGCAGCAGAGGGUGCAAACCUGCUGCAGGGUGAGGCUGAGGUGCCCAGUGCUGGGUAUCGCCUCCCCUGGUGCUGUUUUAUUAAACAGCAAAGAGCUGCUCGUUCUGUGAAUUCCUCUUUCGGAAAGAUGAGGAGACCUGCAGCCCCUGCCAGGGCUGGUCCUGGUUCUGCAGAGAGAGAACACAAAGCUCUGUGAGGAAGAGGGUGGGAACAGCUCUGCAGUGCAAAGGGCACAAUGCUUGCCUCCUCCCAUGCCUCUGGUGCCCGUUUGGCUUAGGUCUGACAUUGACACUGUUCCACUUAGCCCAGCAAGCAGUGGCAUAAACCUGGCUGUCAGUUGGAGGUGUUUACAGCAGUUCUCUGUGGCUGGGACUUGAAAUGAAAGGAAAUGUGGGAAAAGCAGCAGCAUCAACAAGUUGAGGUUUAAAAGUAGAAAUGGGAAAGGCGAAGAAGCGGGCAAGUGGUGGUGUUACACUGUGGCCAUUGCUUGUGGGAUCUCUUGGAAAAGCAAAAUGUGGCACUGAGUAGUCAUCAUAACUUGCUGCUGACACAUUGAGGGGGCAGUUACUCUACAAACAGUUGCACUGGCAGACAGCCCAGGAGCUCAGGGCUGCGUGUGCACACAGAUGUACCCGCAGAGGUGCUGUAGCUCAGUGUCGGUCAUCAGAGUGGCUUCAGCUCAAGCUUCUGGUGGUGUUGCGCCUUGCAAAGUCACCACAGGCCUGAGAGGGAAUUAGAGCUUUCCUGUUUGUUUUCAUGUUUAAGAUCUAUGGAUUAGACAAGACCUAGACUAGCAAUGUGGUUUGAUCUGCUGCGCUUAAAAAAGCCUCCCUUGUUCCCCUGGUGCUGCUGCAUCUCCCACUCCUGCCCCCCCCACUUAAACAUCACCCGCUGUGGGCUCUCGUGCUUUCCAGCUGACACUGCUCUCAGCUGCUGUGUUACAGACUGCACACAGGAUAAGCUGGGCCAGGAGUUGAACUUUUGAAGGCUGAGCCUCUAAGUGCUCGUGACCCUGUGCCAGGGCACAGGAAUGAACGUGGUGCAGCAACUGUGGGAGCGCUUCCCAAUAGACACGACCUGAUCUGCACUGUCCAAGUGGGUGCUCUUGGCCCACCUGAGCCGAGACAGGACAGGCAUCACCUUGACCCUCAGGGACAGAGGUUUUGGUCACCAUUUCUUACUCUGGUGGCUAGAGGAGAACCACAGAUACACCCACAAACUACAGCACCUUCUGCUGCCAUAAAUCUGCUGCGAGACUGUAAGCAAGGGCAAGAGGAAAUGGCCUCAAGUCGUGCCAGGGGAGGUUUAGAUUGGAGCUGAGGAAGAACUAUUUCCCUGAGAGGGCUGUCAGCCCCUGUCCCAGGCUGCCCAGGGAGCUGGUGGAGUCCCCAUCCCUGGAGCUAUUGCAAAGCCGUGUAGCUGAGGUGCUGAGGGACAUGGGUUAGUGGUGGGCUUGGCAGGGUGAGGGGAGGGGGUGGACUCGAGGAUCUUAAAAGGUCUUUUCCAACCAAACCAAUCCUAUGGUUCUAAGGCCAUACUCUCUCACCAUCCAUGACACCUCAGUCCUUUGGCAAACCUCAAAUGAAAUACAAAACAUGCUGAAGUUUGUACGGACAAAAAAAGCGAUUGCAGUUGAGUGAAGUGACUUCUGGGCACUGGAAAACAGCACGUGCCAGUUCCAGCAGAGGAGCAGCACACACAUGAGGGACAGUCACGGGCCGCCCUGCUGUGGCUCUGUGUUUUGGCAAAGGCCGUUUGACAAGUUCUCUGUUUGUUUUCACAGAAUCUCGGAAUCUUAAGGGUUGGAAGGGACCUCGAGAGUCCACCUCAGCUUCUCACCAGCACUGAGGGGGCUGAGGAGAGC